AUGUCGGCAGCCAAUGGAGCGAACGAUGCGGAGAAGAACAUUGAGAUGUGGAAGGUGAAGAAGUUGAUCAAGCGUCUCGAGCAGGCGCGCGGAAACGGCACCUCCAUGAUCAGUUUGAUUAUCCCUCCGAAAGAUCAGGUGUCACGAGCAGCAAAGAUGUUGGCUGAAGAGUACGGAACGGCGUCCAAUAUCAAGUCACGUGUCAACAGGCUGUCGGUGCUCUCGGCUAUUACGUCGACCCAGCAGAAGCUGAAGCUGUAUACCAAGGUACCGCCGAACGGGUUGGUGGUGUACUGUGGCGAUGUCAUCACCGCGGAAGGCAAGGAGAGGAAGCUGAACAUCGACUUCGAGCCGUUCAAGCCCAUCAACACCUCACUAUACUUGUGCGACAACAAAUUCCACACGGAAGCGCUGAGUGAACUUCUCGAGUCUGACCAGAAGUUCGGCUUCAUCAUCAUGGACGGCAACGGCGCCCUCUUCGGGACUCUCUCGGGCAACACCCGCGACGUCAUCCACAAGUUCAGCGUCGACUUGCCGAAGAAGCAUGGUCGUGGUGGGCAGUCUGCGCUGCGUUUUGCGCGUCUCCGUGAAGAGAAGCGUCACAACUACGUCCGGAAGGUUGCCGAACUGGCCGUGCAGAACUUCAUCACGAACGACAAGGUCAAUGUAGCAGGUCUCAUCUUGGCCGGCUCGGCAGACUUCAAGAACGAUCUUAACCAGUCGGAUCUGUUCGAUCAGCGCCUGCAGGCAAAGGUCAUCAAAGUCGUCGAUGUCAGCUAUGGUGGCGAGAACGGCUUCAACCAAGCCAUCGAACUGUCUUCGGAGACAUUGUCGAACGUCAAGUUUAUUCAGGAGAAGAAGCUUAUCAAUGCCUACUUUGAUGAAAUUAGCCAGGAUAGCGGCAAAGUCUGCUACGGCAUUGAUGACACGCUCAAGGCGCUCGAGGCCGGUGCAGCCGAGACACUGAUCGUAUUUGAGAACCUCGAGAUCACGCGUUGGGAGCUCAAGAGCAGCGAGGGCACGCAAGUCAUCCUGCACACCACCAAGCAGCAGGAGGCCGACCGCAGCCUCUUCAUGGACAAGGAGACCGGACAAGAAAUGGAAAUUAUUGAUCAGCUGCCUUUCCUUGAGUGGCUCGCGGAGAAAUACCGUGACUUUGGCGCGCAGCUGGAGUUCGUGUCCGACCGGUCUUCCGAGGGUAACCAGUUCGUGCGUGGGUUCGGUGGUAUCGGCGCGAUUCUGCGGUACAAGCUCAACUUUGAGCAGUUGGCUGAGGCUGAUGACGAGGAUGAGUUCUACGACGAUUGA